AUGGAUGCUAUUGCAUUAGAGCAACGCUUUGGAAAACCUGAUAUAUUUUUUACUAUGACCUGUAAUCCUUCUUGGCCUGAAAUAAAAGAAAACCUCCUGUCAAUAGAUGAAACACAAAAUAGACCGGAUUUAAUAAGUGGAGUAUUUCUAGCAAAAUUAGAAGAGUUGAAAAAGGAUAUUGUCAAAACACAAAUAUUUGGCAAAGUCGCAACAUUUAUGUAUACAGUGGAAUUUCAAAAACGGGGACUUCCACAUGCUCAUUUUCUUAUAAUCCUUGAUGAAAAAUAUAAGUUACUAACUCCUGAAGCAUAUGACCAUUUUGUAUAUGCUGAAAUACCCGAUGAAAAAGAAAAUCCUACUCUAUACUCACUUGUUAUAGAUCACAUGAUGCACGGUCCAUGUGGAGAAUUAAAUCCAACAAAUUCUUUUAUGAAGAAAAAAACAGGUCAAUGUAAAUUUAAGUAUCCUAAAGAGUUUGCAGAACAAACAACUAAAGGAAAAAAUUCGUAUCCAAUUUAUAGAAGGCGAAACACAGGAAAGAAAGUGAAAAUUAGAGGACACCUUCUUGAUAAUGCAUGGGUUGUUCCUUAUAAUCCAUAUUUACUUUAUAAAUUCAAUUGUCAUAUAAAUAUUGAGAUUUGUUCUGAUAUUAAAGUUGUCAAGUACAUCUAUAAGUAUAUUUGCAAAGGACAUGAUAAAAUUGCAUUUCAUAUAUAUGCUAAUGAUACAAAUGUAGAAAUAGAUGAAAUAAAGGAAUACCAAUCUGCUAGGUGGGUUUCACCGCUUGAGGCUACAUGGCGUAUAUUUGCUUUCCCUAUUAGUGAAAUGUUUUCAAAUGUAUAUCAUCUUCAGCUACAUCUUGAUGGACAAUAA